GCCGUUGGCGGUUUGUUGUUACACUGCAGCAUGACUUCCCUUCUAAUUUGGUGAUGAAUGAUGAAACCAUCCCUCCAAGUCUUCAACAAAGCUCGUCUGGGCCAUAGCUGUUUCUAGAAUUGACUGUGUCGCAAUCGGCUGAAAUCAUUGCUGAUUACUCUCUGCGCCGACCGCCGCAAAUGUAUAAAAAUGCGUCGCUCCUCGAAUUCCCAAUGCCAAUUCAUAUACUCAAGAUUAUACAUUUAGAGCACAAAUCUCAAUACAAUUGCUUGCGUUUCUAACAUGGCUCCUUCAGUCUUGCUCAUCGGUGCCAGUGGUUCACUUGGAGUGCCUCUUGUGGAAGAAUUUAUCAGACAAAAAUCGAAAUUUGAAAGAAUCGCAAUUCUUGCAGACCCGUCUAGAGCCAAAAAGUUUGAAGAUGUCCAGAAACGAGGAAUAGACGUGGUGACUGGGUCUUUCCUGGACCCCAAUUCAUAUAAAGGCUUCUCUGUCGUGAUCUCCCUGGCAGGAAACCCAAUCAUGAGACUUCAACCGGCCAUGAUCGAAGCAGCUGUAGCUGCUGGGGUCCGACAUUUUUAUCCUUCCGAGUUCGGAGUUGAUGUAGGACACGACGACCUCGUCGACUUCAGAUAUCUCCGAGACAAGCGUGUGACGCGCGAUCAUCUUGUUGCAAAAGCAAAAGAAGUCCCAGGAUUUCGAUACACUCUGCUUAUGAAUGGCAUAUUCGCUGAAUGGUCGGCCAUCCCUCCGUUGGGUGUAGAUACCGACAAGCACACAUCCACCGUCUAUGGCACGCCCGACGCCAUUCUCUCCCUUACCGCGGUGCCCGACAUCGUACGCUACAUCGUGGAAUCUGUUCUGCUGCCGUUUGAGAAUGAUGAAGCAGAACGCCAACUCAGAGUGAUUGGCCAGAACGUUUCCCAUGCAGAGUUGCUGGAUAUUUUAGAGGAGAUACAAGGAAGCAAAUAUGAUCGAACGUAUUUGCCACUUGCCGAGGCGGCAGAGAAACAAGACGAGAGUCGUAAAAAGGGUGACGAGGCUUCAGUCUUGUACUGGUCCCUUAGACAACUACAGGGAAGUGGAAACGGCCGUGUUCCUGGUCCAUGGGACAACGAUAAGUUUUCAUUCAAGCCUGAAAGCGCGAGAGAGACGAUCCAGCGCAUCUACGGCAAAAAUUGAGAGCGUUAGACGAUCAUAUAUCAGGC